AAAUAUUGAAGAUAAAAAGAAUUUAAAUAUAAAUUUAAUUAUACAGAUAUAUAGAUAUAUAUAUAUACACAAAGAAUAAAUUAUAAAUAUAAAUAUUAAAGACGACGCGAAACAAGACGACAACGGCAACAAUAACGUUAAUUAAUUAUUAUUAUCAAAGAGAUCGAAAUAUAUAUAAAUAUAUAUAUAAAUACAUGUACCUACAUAUUACAUGUGUGCGACACAAGAAAUACGAACACACGCGCCUCCGUCUGUACAUACAUGUAAUACUUACACGGCCGCGGGAAGGAUAUACGUAUGUAGAUGUAUAUAUGUAUGCACACACAUAAAAUUAUAAAUAUAAAAAACGCGAGUAUAUAAAUCGGGAGGAGGGGAGAGAAAAAAACAGAAAGAAAGAAAAAGGAGAUCAGAGACGGUGAACGGCAGACGCGAAGAAAAGGGAAGAAAGCAACGAAGAAUGCGAGGGAAGACUACAUGUAACAUAACGGACGGUAAUUCAAAUAUCGACUAAGCAAAAGAGAGAAACAAGAAAACAAGUUUACCACGAUUCGUCCCGCAACCAGUCGAAGACGUACGUUCCUGCGUCCUUCGCAUUAUCUUCCUUUGCUCGCUCCUGUGUGCUUCCGCUUUUAUUUUCGUUGUCCAUCCCGGUACGUUUGGUCAUUUCGCCACUUUGCCGCGAACACCGCUUCGACACGCAUACAGCUAGUCUCAGGGAUAAGCCCUCUCGGCGAGAAACCCUUAGAGAUGGACGAUAACAUCCUUGAUAUAGAAACGAAGGUGGACAGACAGUGGAUAGAAGAGCGUAAAGAACUGCGCCCGAAUAUACAUACGUACAUGAGAUUCUUGUGGAAUCUCGUGCGCUUCGAGAAAUUGAACAUCCUCAAGCUGGAAGAGCAAGUAAGCCGCUUGAUGUUAAAGUGUGUGGACGACAGAAGGAAGAAGACUUAUUUAAAAGACUGUGAUGAAACAAAUAACAGAAAAUACAAGGAGGAAAUGGACAUACUGAAGUCUUGGUAUUGGAAAGCGUCGGCGCUUUAUGACUGGACUUAUAUAUACAAUUUGGAGGAGCAACAUCAAUAUAAAGCGGAUGUGCAGAAGUUGCAGGAUGCGCAUUUGCAGGAUGCGGUCGACAGGAAGACCAACCAGAUUAUAGAACUGCAGAACGAUGUCACUGAGCUGAGGGACGUCCUCGCGGAAGACAUGAAGGAAAUACAGAACUUACGUCAUCAGAAGUCAUUGCACAUGGAUCACAUCUUGGUGUUGGAGAAGCAGCUCGAGCAAUACAAUUUCAUGAAAACGAGAAUGGUAGAGCUGGAAGAGACGGUGACGAGUCUGGAAAACUACGUCAGGGAGCACGACAUCGACGGUCUUAAACGAAAGCUACAAGAUCGAGAGUGCAGGAUCGAACAGUUGUGGAACCAAGUUGUUGAAUUAAAAGAGGUGUCGAAAUUGAAGAAAAAUCAAUCAGGCAAGAAUACAUUGGAGACGAGCGAGUUGUCCGACAAUAAAGUAAAGGAGAAAGCAAAAGGAGAAGAAAUAAAGGAGAUGGGGCAUAUCAUCUCGGAAGAGGAUGAUAAAAUGGAAUGCGAGCAGCUGAAUGAAAUCAAGGAACAGAAUGAAUUCCUGAAAAUGGAGCUGCGAAAGAAAGAACAGAAAAUGAAGGAGAUGGAGCACGACAUCUCGGAAAAGGACAACAGAAUCCAAAAGUACGAGCAGCAGGUAGUCGAGCAGCGGAACAAGAUACUGGAGAUGGAGAAAACGAAAGUCGAAUUGGAGAAAGAGUUGCACACGAUAAAGUUAAAGGGUACUGACGAUAAUAAGAAGGUGCAAGAGUUGGAAAUAAAGAUUCACUUUCUGAAGAAUUCGCACGUCGAAAGAGUGAACACAAUCGAGAAGCUCAUAGCCACCUUGAAUGAAAAGCAAAAUAUAGAGCUUAAGUUGAGGAACCAUACCGAGUGUAUUGAAGAAGAGAAGUGUAUAUUGAAAAGAACCAUAUCGAAGCUAGGAAAAUCCUUAACACGCUCGGAAUUUAAAGAAUUCAAUCAGAAAUACAAGAAAAUAUUUGAAAUGGAGAAUAAGAUUGCAAACCUGAUGAAGCUGCAUACCGAUCAAAUCACAGAAUGCCGCAAGUGUGACUUGUUUUAUCGCGAAAAGUCUUGCAGCAUCCAGAAACUUACCCGGUUGAAACAGGAAAUUGAUGCCGCAAUAGUUCAACUAAACCCAUGCAAAUCGAACGAUGUAGAAACUAAUCUUCCUAAACAAGACGCUCAUUCAUCUCCGUUAAAACAUUCAAGCGUUGGCACAAUUCCGGCCCAAACGGAAGAAACCAAGAAACCAGGACUCGAAGAAAACACACUAUCCAAAGAAGGAAAGGAGCAGAAGGAUGAAGAAACUACGAAAUUCACAUGGGACGCAAUACCGCGAACAUUUAAGAAAAACCUCGACGAUAGUAAUAAUCGUGCUAAGGACUGCGCAUCGAAAAUUUGCUCAAGUAGCUCCACGGAACCCAUCGCUAGCACAUCGCUGGAGUGGGAAGACUCGUUCGAUGAUCAAAAGGACCUCUCAUGGGGCAGUUGUGGGGAGAAUUGGGACACAGUUGUCUAACGACACAGAAUAGCAGUAUCUGGAGCCUUCUACGGUAUUUCCAAGUAUCGGUACCUUCGUUACCUCGAUAUUGUCAUACGCACACACACCCGCGAACGUAGAGACAGCGUAGAGCAUCUAGAGGCUUAGUGAAAGAGAAAACAGCAAAAACUACAGCACACCAACAACUACUACUACAACAAUUGCAACACAGCCAGCUCUCCCGCCUACUCACGCAUCUACUCUUCAUCAUCACAUCAUCGUCAUCACCAUCAUUCGCCAUUAAUCAACAUUUCAUCAUCCACGUGACGUAUCGUGCUGGAAACAGUUGGCAAGAUCGCGAAAUCUGAAAGUUGAUCCUUCUAGCAAUUCAGGGAAGAUUCAAUGGUUCACGAUGGAUGAGGUGAUCGGAUACGAUGACAUCGGAUUGUCCCAAACGUGCGCCAUGAACGUUAAUCUUCUUUCUUGUUCAACAUCUGCGAUGUUUAGAUCGUCGUGUAGGCGUAAUUUGUUAUCGUUACAAUAACGUAUUGCGACAUAAGUAAAUUCGCGCGCAAUGAGACAUGUUAAUUAUUACGUAAUUCUUUGCAGCGCGACGUGUGUACGAUACGAUGUACUGUUACGGAAAUCGGAAGUUCCAUCUAGAAGAGCUUGUUUUAUAUCUUGUUUGAGAUUCUUAAUUCUAAAUAAAUGUGUAAUUACAUAAAUAAAUUAGCGCUGCAAAGAGAUAGAGAUUAGAUUAUAAGAGGCCAUUAGAGUGAAUAAUAAAAGACUCACGUGUUACUGCAACCUUAUUUCACGGAUUUCAAUAUUUUAAUAUCUACCAAUGAUAGAGAGUCUCGUCUUAAACUAUCCACGAUCGUUUCAAGCCUUGAAUGCCCUUCGAUCUGCAACGCGUCUACGCAUUUAAAAGCGCAUUUCAGGCUUGACAUCGUCGCGAACGUAUCGUCCAUCGCCCGCAAGUCUCAACCCUGGCGACGUCGUUAAACACUCGCGAUGCGAUUUAUAUGAAAAUAGAUUAUACAUCUCACUUUUCUCCUUACGCUGGUAGCCACCGAUCACUAUCACGAAAACUGUCACAAACGACACGACAUUGGACGUUGAAGAAGUGCUAUCGCCGAAGAGAAAUCGGCGAGCGAUCCGAGAUACGUAAUGCAACGUUCACGUGCGAGCGCGUUAAAUAUCGCGUUUCUUCAGUGUCGGAUAAACGGAGGAUUUCUUCGAGGUGAUAAAACGGUUUAAGAUUAAACGUGUCGCAAGGGAAAAAUGAAGAACCAGAGGAACAGCCAGAGGAAAAGCGGACGACACGUUUCUCGGUCGUUCGGUCUCAGUUCCGCCGUUGAUAUCGUCGCGUCUGCCAUUGCGGUGAGUUAAUUGCGCGAAAUGUUGAAAGUGUAAAAUUUUAUCGUUAAUACUUGAGGAUAGGCCCACCCUUUGCGAAUUUCGCGGGUACUUAUUUCGCACUUAUCUCGUUGCCGGUUGCCCAUCCCCGUACAUUCGUUUAACUCCGGCGCCUCUUUGCAACUCGACGAAACGUCUACGAACCACUUUAGACCCAAAAGACUUAUUAACUCGACUCUAAUAUAUAUAUAUACACAUAUAUAUACAUAUAUAUAUGUGAUAUAUAUAUAUAUAUAUAUUUAAACGUUAGGGCGACGUACUAUACUAUGUAAGCUGGAAUCAAAGUGAGUAUUAUGCACGGCGUGGAGAUUUGUCGCGGCGAAGUAUCGCGAGUAAAAUGCGUUCAGAGAUCUGAAAUCUCUCAUUCGAGCGAAUUAUUUUAAUUAAGUCAAUUAAGAUAGUUCUGUAGACAUAUAUGUAUUAUUUGUAUUAUUUAUUUCAUUUUUGUGCUUAUUAAGAAUAAUAUUGAACUUGCGCAUAAGCUAGAUUUUAAUUUCUUUCAAUUUUGUAUCAAAAUUCGAUAAUACUUGGUUUAUGAAAAAAUACUUAUAUAUUGAUUGCACAUCGCGAUACUCGGCUGCAAAUAUUUUUGUCCGAGUGACGGCACACGCGAUUGAAAUAUCUCUUCUUUUCUUAUUUCUGCGCUUCAAUCUCAAUGUAGAUGUACACAUAAUGAUGAUACAAGUCAAAAUGAGAUAAUUUAAAUAAAUAUUAUUAAAAAAGUAUGUAAAAAUCGUUAAAAAGCAAAACUUAUAUUUAUGUUAAAAUUAUGUAAGAUUAAAUCAAUGUACUUUUUACACUUAACUUUCCACAAAAAUUACUUGGAAAUAAUCUCUAAUAAUCAUUAUUAUUUUUUCGAAUUAUAUAAUAACAAUAAAGUCCGUUGUACUCAAUUCUUGUUUAAUUUUAUUUUUCACGUCAAUCGAAUCGAGAAAUAACAAUGAGAGAAGCAAGAAGAAAUGAAAAGGAAGAGCGAUAAAAGGGAAAUAACAAGAAACAAUUAGUUAACGUGUGCCAUCAUCAUAUCAAGCCUAUAUCAUCGUGUUACAUCAUAUAUAGCUAAAUAAAAGAAAUAAUAUUAUCGUUAAUUAACACAAUUGUUAACAUAGAACGAGUGUUUGAUGCGUGAAUGCGUUAUGCGUCCGAUAAAUCAAUUCCAAGCUUAAAACGACUGACGACAUUAUUUUUCAACGUGGAAUUUCUCACUAAUUAAUAAAAAAACAAGCACUUGCUGUUAUGCAGACAUACAUCGACAUUCUUUUGAACUUCUCAGAAAUUGCUCUUUUGAUCAAUGUUAUAAAUAUUAAAAUUUAAGGGAUAUUCAUCUUUUGGACACACGUUGCACAAUUUUCUCGACAGCGCAUAAUUCUACAUUUGCAACGUUUUCCACUUCCGCGAGAAACCGUGCAAACGUAAUGCGCUUACGAGGAGGUGACAAUGACACGGACAAAGUAUCAGAUCGAAUUUCUUGUUGACAUAUUAGAUUCUACUCUAACGUAAUAUGAUAAUAUAAUAGUAACGUAUUAUCUCUCCGGUCACACACUCCACGAGAUUCUUUCGAUACAAUCGAUGUCGUAGAACUUUUAUCGUCCGCGUCAGAAGAGCGAAAGGCUCGAUGGUGAGAGAACGCACGAGGGGGAGGAUGCGAUUGGAUUUUUGCAACAGAUCGCGCCUAAAUCCUUAGAACCAUAAUAAGCACUUAGUGUAAGAAGCGCUCAUUAGUUAACUUUAAGCCGGACUUGACUCGGGACGAUCAUCGUUACUUAAUUAUAUCUAAAUACAAUGUGAUCCGUGAUUCGGUAUUGUUACGUUAAAUAAUUGACACUUAAUUUCUAGACGUCCCCCCUUACGCCUAAAGUCGUUCUCCAAAAAGUGUCACUGGGCAGGAUGCUUCGCUUAAUCGCGCAAAAUCACAACAGACCUCGUCAUCGAUUACCGGCGAAUUAUCGGCAAUUAUCGAGAUCCUCCCCUCGAAUCUCACCCUUUACAAGGUAUUCGAGAGAUCCUAAAGGCGAGACUGCAGAGUGAAAUGAGAAUGAGUGAGUCGCGUGAGAGUGAGCGAAAGAGAGAAACGGUCUUGAUAUUAUUUUUCGACUCGUGACUGUUAAGUCCAAAGUGACUGUUAAGUGUCCAUGAUAAGAAAAUACCAAAAAAAAGAAAAAAACGAACGAUUUUUAUGUGAAUAUUGCAAAGUGAACCGUACCGGUGUUGCUGCAACCCUUGUUGGAUGUUGUUUUAUAAAAAAAAGAAAAUGAUGAAAAACUGACGAGAUAAUGUUGAAGUUAUUAACUUAUCUCAGUGCGACAGCUGUGACAAAUCAAGAACACAGGGAUAAUCGUUAUAAUAAUUUGAUUCCAUGAGAAAUUCAAAUAUGUUUUUUUUUAUUGAUAACGAAUGUUCAAAUCGGCAACGGAAUUUCGUCAAAGAUUUCAUCAGUAUCCGAUGCAUCCGACAAGGACCGACACCGGUACGACGUGGUUCCGCUCCUUUUCUAUUCUCCAAUUUUUACGUGUUUAAUCGCUAAGUGAACAAUAGAUAAACGAGUCUAAGCGACAACGCGGAAUACGCGGAGAAGGGAGGAAAACGCUUUGAUUACAUUAUCGUGUAACGUGUUUAUCAUUCAUAAUCGCGAAGAAUAGACACAACUUCGAUCGCGUGUAUAUACCUAAGCGAAUGAUAAUAAUUUGACAACGGCGAAGUGUAAGUCAAAUGUGUGCGUGAGUGUGCGUGAAUCAAAAAGAAAAUAAGAGAGAGAAAGAGGGAGAGAAAGUGAGAGGAAGACAGAUUGAAGAAAGGAGAAGCAAGAGUGAGGUAGAUCAUGUUUCGCCUAGUCCUUGCGACGCUUGAUUAUCAAUUAAGCGACGUAUUAUCUCGAAUGAAUGUUGCGUUAUCACGCCGGAGAUCAUCGCAGCUAGUCUCACGUUCAUUUUUUUAUGAUUUUUCUUCACGAUGCUUCGAUGAUUUCCGGCCUCAAGCAGAAGUCGAUGAUGAUUAUAAAUGAGAGAGCGAGAGAGUGAGAGAGAGAAGAAGAGGAAGUGGCGGAUUAUAAUGAAAAGUGCGACGAAGCUAAGAAUAAGUUUUACGUAAGUUAAGGGAUAAGCUAAUUAAAGUAACAGUUUAUUGAAGUACAUUGUUGCAACUGCCAUGCUGUGUGCCAUUAUAUAACGAGUCACGUUUAUCGUAAAAAGCAAAAGAAAACCCAAAAAAAUAAAAUAAAAUAAAAUAAAAGAGAGAAGAAGAGAGAAGAAGGGAAGGAGGACGCAAGCGGAGAUGCGAAGUAGCAAAUACUCGCGCGCGCGUUCUCGUCUGCAGUCUGAAGAAUCUUUUCAGUUUUACACCGCUUCGAAAUUACGCGAAGCUACCCCGUCGUCCUCACACACGUCGCACGUCGGCACAUCUUUCUCUCUCGAACGAUGCGCAAUGCCUGCCGUACGAUUUCCGGAAAAAUCACGAAUUUUUCCAUGCUAGACGAACGAAGGAUUUCCGACUUCCGGUCGCGUAUCAAUUUAGCUUCUGUGAGCUUCAAUAACGUGAAUGCGUGAGUGGAUAUCAUGAAUUUCAUGAUCGACAUCGCGCUCGAUCGAGGAUGUAUUUUAGAGACAAGAGAGGACGGGAAGAACGACGGGGUAGACUUCCGGCAGCGCGAACAUCGCCGACGAUUUCGCUCGCGCUCGUCGAACUUGCGAAUGUAUGUACAUCUUACCUGCAGAAUGCGACAGCUUGGAAGCAUCGUAGUAUUUAAACAUCGUAAUUAAGACGAAAUGAAUCAUGAUGCUUAAGAAUCUGCGAGAAUCGAGAUCCGGAAUUCAGGAAGACGUUUCCGAUGCGACGAUCCGUUUCUGCGAUGGCGAUGGAAGACGAUUGCCAUGAAAGAGAAGAGGUUUUUCUGGAAGAAUCCUGUAAAUGUACUGUGAUGGUCGCGACAAUUACGAUAAUCGUUGAAUCAAACAUUUUCAUUAUAGAUAAAUAUAUACAUAUAUAGAGAGAGAGAGAAAGAGGAAGAGAGAGAUGUAUAUACGUACAUAUAUACAAUAUCUGUUAAAAAUCAUAAUUUAUCGAGCGUCGUUUCGUUAUUACAUCGUGUUGCGUAGAAAAUUUAUCGAUGUUAUUGACAGUGUUGUCUUCCUUUGAUAAUUGAUAAUCCUGCGUAAUUGCCGCGUCUGUCGCCAUCGUAAAUUUGCAGGAUAUUAAGAGAACGCAAAAGAAAGCGCCCCUUUCAAUUUUUAAAGUUUCAUUCUGUUAGAAAAAUUAUUAGAAAAAUUAUUCCAAGUGUGUGGAAAGUUUAAUAUAUUCAAGACAUAUGUAUAUUUUAAAUACAGAUUCGAAUACUCAAAUAUUAAAUUUUUCAAUUAAAUAUAUAAAGUUUAAUAGAAAUUGGAGACAUUAAUUAAUCUAAUUAACAUAUAAUUUGUACACAUAUCACCCAACAGGGAAAGUAGCGCUUUUAUUUUGUGCGACAAAUGCAGAGAAUUAAAAAUCUAUAUAGACAUCCCAUUACUUAAUGAAUUGUUUCAUACAAGUGCAAAUGGCAAUUUGUCGAUGACCACGUAGCAACGGGUCUCGAUGACCGCGCGAGUCGAUUUCGUGCGACGCGAUGUCUCACAUUAGCGUGUAUAAUCCAAUCUUGUUAGUUGACAACCGACGUUGUGAAGAAAAAGAAAAGAAGAACCAUCACCAACUAACCACGUAAAGCAAACGAGGUGUGACGUCGACCCAUCAUAGAUUCAAGCACAAUAAGGACUAGUAGGGCCAGGCACAAUAAAAUUCGGCCGUCACGUUGUAGGCAGCGAUCUGUUAGAGCGAUAAGUCGUAUAAGUAUCUAUAUAGCGAAACUAUUAAAUAAACACAUAUUGUCUAUUGUC